AGUUUCCUUUUCUUCGUACGAGUACGUCCAAAGCAAGCUAACCGAAAAUACGGAAAGGCGACGUUUUUGGCUGUUCUUGAUUAAAAAUCUGUGAACGUCCGCUACACAUAAUGGAUCUUAAUCAGUUCAGCGACAAACAAAAAGCUGUAUUAAAGCAGUUCCGGGAAGAAUUGAAAGAUUGUCAACUACCCGAUUCGGAAGAUGCUUACCUUAUACGUUGGCUUAUCGCCCGUGACUUUGAUUUGGCCAGAGGCGGCAAAAUGCUGCGCAAUUCAUUGGAUUGGCGCCGGAAAUACAAAAUCGAUACGCUUCUUGACGAUUACAAACCACCAGAAGUGUUGGCCAAAUUUUUCCCUGCUGGUUUUGUCGGACGGGACAAGUAUUUAAAUCCUCUCUGGGUCGUCCGGUAUGGAAGAACGGAUAUGAAGGGUAUCCUGCGUUCAACCAAAAAAAGAGAUUACGUCAUGAAAGUUAUUCAUUUGGUUGAGAGCAGCAUCUGGCUAGUCACGUCUAAUCCCGGGAAAUAUAAGCGUUCUCCCGACGCUAUAGUACAAUCAACCAUCAUCUUCGACAUGGAAGGUUUCUCUAUGCAACACAUCACAAACAAGCAAGCUAUGGAAUCGGCUGUUAAACUGGUACAGAUUUACGAAGCAAACUAUCCCGAAUAUCUUCAUCGUGUAUUCGUCAUUAACGCACCGACCAUAUUUUCCAUUGGAUUUUCCAUGAUAAAGCCGUUUUUGAACGAGCGAACCAGAAAUAAGAUUCAAAUCUACGGCCAUGACUCACAACAGUGGAAACCAGCCAUAUUAACCGAAGUAAAUCCGGAAGAAUUACCUGUCGCAUACGGAGGAACUUUGACUGAUCCGGACGGAAACCCUAAUUGCGUUGCAAUGGUUAAUAUGGGAGGAGAAGUUCCAAAGUCUUAUUAUUUUGCCGGCAAGCCUGACACUACCAAUAAAAAGUCUUUGACGGUUUCUAGUGGUUCCAAAGAGCAGUUGGAAUUCCCAGUCAUGCAAGUUGGAUCCGUUCUUAAAUGGGAUUUCCAUUCCGAAGAGGGGGACAUUACAUUCGCCAUAUACCGGAAGAAAGAAGGUGAACUGAUUCCAGUCAUUUUUUAUGAUAGAGUCGAUUGCGAUAUGUCGACGGAAGAAGGAGAAUUACGCUGUGACGAAAAUGGUGUCUAUGUGGUGGAGUUUGACAACAACUUCAGUUACCUCCGCUCAAAGAAAAUUUGGUAUUCAAUCAAAGUGGAAUUGGCCUCACCGAUGAAAAAUGGCACGGAUUUGGACAACCUUUAUUGAGUAAAAAACUGAAUAAUUCAUUAAAAUCUAAGAAAUUUAAAGGGAGUUUACGACAAUUCUGUUAUG